AUGGAGCGCAUAACCCUAGGUGCUCUAGCGGAAUUCUUCCAAUGGAGUUCUCCCACCUCAAACCUUCUGAAUAUUUCCCCAGAAGCCUUAAUCGCUUCUCAACAACAGCUUCAACAACUAUUGCUCAUCCCCCAAUCAACACUUCCUCCACUACAACCUCUUCCUACAGUAACCCCACCUCCGUCUGCCACGUCAUCGCCGAUUUCAACGUUGUCUGAUAGCUUAUCAUCAAUAUCACCACCGAUAUCAGAUCAGGAGAAUAAGGAGGAAGAUGAGGAGAAACCAUUGGAAAUUGAGCAGAAGAGAAAGAUGAAGAGACGAUCGCCGGUCACGUCUUCUAAGAACAAUUGGGGGACUACGGUAGCAGCGAACAAAUUCAAUCGUGUCUGGGGAAAAGGACCAACAAGACGCAUGUUUUAUUGGUGGAGAGGACAAUUCAAAAAAGAGCACGACCGUGACCAAAUCGUUCUGGAGAGUUUGUACACUAAGAAAAGAGAGGGAUCCAAGAAAUUGGCGGAUUACUGUAGAAAUCCAGAGGGUCUGGCAGAUGAGAAAACUGCAAAAGACGCUCAACAAUGUCUGAAGGAUCUGGAAGCGAAUGAUAAGGAAAUCGAGAGUCUUAUCAAUAAAAAAAAACUCAUGGCUUGCUCGAUAACCGGCGAAAAAUGCGCGCACGGAAACGGAAUUCAAGAGGAUACGGUGGCCCGAAAAUUCACGACCCCAUUCGUAUGUGCUCACUGUGAAAUGCCGUUUCAGAAGGAGUCCACCCGCCAAAUCCAUCAAAUCCUGUGCGAAACCCGCUUCGUCAAUCCCAUCCAAGCCGAUUCUCGCUCUUUAACAGAAGUUUCGACUCCGCCCCCACCGCCAGCUCAAAUUACAGUACUCCCGGCCACAAUACACCUAGCUACAGUACCUACAGUAACCUCCGAAUACACUACAAAGCUCACCGAGCUCACCGAGAGUAUUCUCGCAGCACUGGCUGCCUAUUCUGGAGCAACUACAGUAAUCUCAAAUUGA